UUUUGAGCCAAAAUGGCGUUGGACGUUAUUUAUUGUUUAUGUGGACAAUCGAGGGAUUUGUCCCGGUUUAUGAUACAAUGUGAUAUAUGUAAAGACUGGUUUCACGGAAGUAUCAAACAAACCAAGAAAAGGAAUGGCAACUGCAAAACAGCGCCUUGGUAAAAUAUUGAAAAUACAUAAGAUGCUGCACUAGCUAAGUUUUGUUGGGCUCUGCUACACAUCCAAACAAGUAAGGAGUUUAAAUAGUAAUUUUUAUCAUUGGCAGUGUCAAUUGUUAUAUUGUAUUAGCAUCUCCAAACUUCAGAUUGUAUGCCAAUCAAAUAUUUCAACUUUACGACAAUAAGGACUGAUUUAUUAAAGUACCUGUGUGCAAUUUUACUUUUAUCAGAUUCCUAAAUAUGAAACAUGAAAAUAACUGGUGAAGAUGUGCAUUUUGUAAUUACUUUAAUUUUUAUGUAGGCUAUCAACUUUUUUAUGGUGUCUUCAGAUGCAAAAAAUGUAAAUGCAAUUCUAGACCUCUUAUGUCAGUGAUAUUUAUUUAUAAUUUCACCCGUACCCUCUUCUGUUAAGAAAUAGAGUAGCAAUGUAGAGAAGAAUUCAGCUAGCUUUGUAGGAUAGAUUACUUUAGAGUAGAUGUUCCUGUUAUGCCACAGUUGUUUUAAGGAAUUCCUUUAUUUUAAAUAUAUUUCUUAAAAACAGCCUAGUUCGUGUGUAUCACAUUUGAUUAAAGUGUGAUUUUAAAAAGGAAAGGUUGUAAAAUUUUGUUGACCAUUAGGAAUUAUGGUGAAUCAGGAAGUACAGGAACUCACAACUUAUGCAAAAUGUUUCUGAUGCAUUUGGAAUUAAAGUACUAAUAACUGCAGAAGUCUUUUCUGUAACUCAUUAAUCUUAUAAUAUUGUCACUUGUCCUGUUGAUAUUUUAUUCUGUUCUGAAUGGGAAGGACAUAUUUUCCUUUUGUUUUCUUCACAAUUUUUAUAUAGGAAUAAUAACUAAAAGACAUGACAUUUGUGUUUAAAAUCAUGGAAAAGUAAAUUUGUUUUUAAGGUUUUGAGACAUUUACUGUACAAUGCUUACAUAUAAGAGGUUCAUAAACAUUUUUAUGGUUGUUCUAGCCUGUAUGGAGUACUUUGAUAGCAUGUCAGGAACAGAUUCCCUUUAUAAGUUACGAGUUCCCUGUUUGAGAAAUGUGUUUAUUUUUGUAUUUGACUUCUCUGGUGGUUUUCUUUUUAUGUAAUUCAUCAUGUAAAUAUGUAUACCAUUUCUGAAAUUUCGUAUAUUCUUUUUAAAUGAGAUCAUUUAGUGUUUUUUUUUCAAAUGAUGUUUUCAGUUUAGUUUUUGUUGGAAAUCUCUCAACAGCAUUUGAAUUCAGAGUUUUUUCUUUCUCAUUUGAAGAGUGAAGGGAACACAAUUUCAGAAGUGGUAAUUAAUUUAUUUAUGUUAGCCUGUACAUUUAUUCACUGUCUGGCAGCCAGAUACCUGUUUGUAUGAGUAGGUAAAAUGUUCAAUGAAAAUUUUUACAUAACUGGCCAUCCCUUUUUAUUUUAAUAUACAAAAUGCUAACACGAUAAUGAUACUAACACUUUUUAAGUAUUGUAAUAGAAAGAAAAUUUCUUGGUAUUUUUGGAAGUACCAGAUCCAUUUUAUCUUUACUUCUACCUAAGGGAAGAAGAUUACUCAUUCCGUGAAUUAUGUGGAGCCAGUACAGUGUAAGAGUAGAAAUAUGUAUAUCUGCCCUCAUAGGCAGUGAAGGAUGUGAAAUUGCUGAUAAAGCAAAUCAAAUCGAGCAAUUUCAGUGAAUGAUUAUAUUAUAGCUUGGCUAUAACAUAUUACGCUUGUAGUGGUAUAUUGUUGAAGGUAGUCUUGAAUAGAUGAUUCAUAUUUUUCGGUCAACUCAAAAACCAAUGAAUCUGAAUAUGAAAACUAAGAGUCUACAUAUGAGUAAAUUGCAAUUUGUGUUACUCUUUUGUCCCAUGGGUACUUAUGAAUAACCUACACAAGAUCCCAGAGCACAUAGAAUGUAGGUAAUGCUAACAGUUGAAUGUAUCUGAUGUGACUGACCUAAUUUCAACCAGCAGUGAAUGCCAAAUCUUGUAUUUUCAUCUUGAUUGUGAGUACAGUAUAUGUGUUCUUAAAAGUGGGUAAAUAUUGCUGUAGUAUAUGGUGGUCUUCAGUGUUGUAUGAAUGCACUGAGAUGCAGUGUCUGAGUGUGGGAAAGUUCUAUUUAAAAGUUGUUUUCCAUUGCUGUAGUAGCCUUGAAACUUCUUUCACCCUGCAGUUGGGAGAAAGAGAACCUUUUUCUACGUACUGAGCAACGAUUUGAUGAAGCUGAAGGAUUGUAUGGAAAUGUCUUUUGAGAAUUGUUGCAAAUAUGUAUUACUACAAAUUUAUUUAAAACAUAGCUUUCUGUGAUGUAUUCUUGUUUUGUAUAGUAUAUGAGCUUUGAUUUCUUUAGGGAGUAGUGCGUCCCAGUUUCAUUUUUGUUAAUGUAUGUCAAUACUGUAAAUUAUUUUUUGGUGCCAGUCAUUGACAAUUUUUUUCAUCUUGCAAGUGGUGCAAAUGCAUGUGGUAGCAACAUUCUUUUCCCAUAUUAUUUCAGUACCAGAUCACACCAAAGACGAAGUUUUUAGGUUAGGUAAUGGACUGAGGUUCUCCUUGUGUUUAGUUUUAAUUGUUCAUUCAUUAACUUGUCUUACUUAUGGAAAAUAAAAAUGCUAGUGUCACUGUUGUAGGAGACUGAGUAAUUAAAGGUAUCAUUUUGUAUGGUGGAUAGUGGCCAAUAUCUGGCAUUUUUUUUCCAAGUAAAAUAGCUUUCCUCAAAGUAGUCUUGUUUACAUUUUACAUUAAUUAGCCAGCUUUAAAAUCUGGUCCAAAAAUUUACGUAGAUCAGUUUUAAUGAUUAUUUGAGAUGGCAUUGUUGUCAUACAGUUCUUUAAACAUAAACGACUGUUUCUAUUUUUAGAUUCACGAUUUAAUUUUAAAAGUUCAGUUUAUGCUCUAAAGAUAACUUUUCAGUAAUCCUUCACAUCAUACAUUGUAUUGACAUUAGUGUAUGUUGCCUCCAGGUUUUUAUUGGAAUCAGAGGAGAAGAAGCAGAGAAACCAUUAGAAACCUUGAAGAGUUAAUUGAUAAUAAUAAAAACUAUUUUGUUAUCUCAAUACCAGUGACAGUCUUAGGGAUAAUGAACAUAAUGAGGAUAAGCAGUAAAUUACUUCAUUCUUGUUCACAAACAAGAAAUAGGAAUAUGUAUUAAUAUUUUGUUGUAACUGGAUAGUCAUGUUUAAUAUAUAGUAAUGAAAAGUAUCAGUUCACCAGGUAAAUACUAUUAGGAUAUCCAGCAGGACCCCUUGCAAAAGCUUCAAAGCCUUAAGAAAAAAAAAUGUUACAACAUUAAACGUGACAAAAUUGAGUUUAGUACCUCACAGGAAAUGUUGAAGAAUCUUUGAGAAUAAAGUGAGAGCUGAACUGAGUAGUAUAUCAAAAGAAUGUGAAACAUGAAAAACAUUGGGAGCAAAUUGUAUAUUUAUACAGGGAGAAAAUUGUAUAUUUAUACAGCUUGAAAAAGUGGGUAAAAAAUUAAAGCAAUCCUGAAGAGUAACCUCAAGAUAAGUGAAAUACGUGUUUUGAUUGUUUAAUGAAAGAAGCUGAGCAGAAAAUAGAUUAUGAGUAAAAUUACAAGUGUAGCUAAUAGCUCUUUAUUGUACUGUAAAAGCAACUUCCAUUUUCCCUGUAUUUUAAGGCAGUAUAUUUUUCAUAUUGGCAACCUAGUUAUGCUUGUUUGGUGUUCAUUGGUACUGAAAUUGUGUUGUUACAAUAUGUUUUUUUUUUAUUUUUUUAGAGCAAGAAUAGGUCUAAACUGUAUAAAUGCCUCAUACAAAUAUUUUUCCCUUUGUACAUCUUUGUUUUCUUAUUGAUACUAUAUUGAAUUUUUCAAGUAAUGUAUGUUACCCGUUCAUUGAUUUUUUUUCAUUUGUGUUGCUAGACUAGUCAUGUGAGGCAAGAUAUUUUUGUUUGUAUUGUAAUGCAUAUGAACCCUCUUUUUUUUAUUUUGGUCUGAUUAAAGUACAAAAUUAUUAUAGUAAGGAAUGAUCUAUUUUAAUGAUAAGAGGAAGUUGCACUGAAUUUCUCAGGCUUAACCAUCAUAAUUUCCUUUUAUUUCCAGGUGUGGUAGCAGUAACGAAUGAAAAUUACUUUUGUCAUUUUAGAAUUGGAUGUAUUUUAAUUCAAAGUUGUUGGUACUAGCUUUGGAAAACCAAUUUGUUUUCAAGCUGAAAUUUGGUUAAUUUUGGACUUGUAUUAAUUUUCAAGUUUAAACUGCUAUUGUACUAAACUUCUCAGAGUAUAACAGAAGUUGGUGCUUGCAUGUGAAAUAAGGUUCAGUAAAGAUUAUCAGGUGCUUUUAUCAGUUGGGUUACUCUUUAUUUUUUCUUUUUUUCUUUAAAAGCCUGGUCCAAGGAGGGGGGUGCAGAUCCCUGAAGGAAUACAUGCUGCAUUUUCUAAACUUAGAAUUCUCAUAUAGUAAAAGUAGAUAUAACCAUGUACAGUCAAUGAAAGACUAAUGGAAGUAUCCAUUUCUCAUCCACAGAACAUUAGCACAGCCAAAUUUGAAAUAUUCUGCAAGUCAAGAACUAGUGCAUGUUGUGAAGUACAUGAGCGUAGGAUAUUGAAGACAAAUUUUUAUGCCAUUAAGAUACUUUAAUCAGACCACUGAGCUAAAUUUAAAACAAGAAAGCAUGGGUUGAAUGAAAUGGUAUAUAUUUGGUAUGUGCAAGAUCUUUUACCUCAUAAUCAGUGACUAAAUCUAUAAUUAUUUUGAAAAUAUUUUAUUCUCAUUCAGCAUAUUUAUAUUGUGCACAUUGUAUACUGUGCAAAAGGAUAUCAAAAUACGCGACCAGCAAAGAAAACUUGAAAAGUUUUACUUCUGGAAAUGAAAUAUGGUAGUCAAGCCAGUGUUGAAUAACAAAACAAUAAAUGCUAGUACACAGUGGUAGUGUGUGUGCAAGUAUAGAUGAUGAAUAUAAAUUUUACAUAAUUUAAAAAUUAUUGCUGUCGGAAUUAAUGUCAGCGGGAAAUUAUAUCAGGUGCAAGUAUGCUAACACUUUCAUCCAAAAGGACAUCAUCAUAAACCAAAUGUUAGUGUAAAGAUUGACUGACUGUUCAUCUGUUAUGUUUUCUUUAUCUUUUAUUUAUGCUGAUAUUUUUCUUGGGGUGUUAUCUUAUUCCAGAUGUUUCAGCAAACACAGAUGAAUUUCAAACAUUUAAUAUAUUAAGAGGAGAGUUAAGGAAUUUGGUAAAUUUCCUUUCUUUUUAAUUGUAAAUGUGCAGAAAGACAACUACAGUUUUGGAUUCUAAAAGAGGCACCUUGAGGUACCUUUUUUACAUUUGAAGACAGAUAUAUAGGCAACUAAUCAAUUUUUUAAAUGUGAUUACAGGGGAAGCAGAUAUCAAACUUAUAGAUUUUCUAUAAUCAUCAUUAGUACAAAGAAUCAGCAUCAUCUAUACACGUCUGUUUCCUGGCACAGUUUCAUUCAUCUAAGACAUGCUGAGGUCACUGUCAUCUAGUAACUUUUGGAGUUCCCUCUUCCUUAUUCUGUUUGCCAUUGGAUUUUCUGGGUAAUUACAAACUACAGCAUGUUCAUGAGAGUUCCUUAAACAAGAAUCUUUCUGAAAUGAAAGAUCACUUGUCAGGACUACAAUUUUCUCCAGGAAUACACAAGCACACUAUAAUCACUUUCUUGUAAAUUUGUAGUUUUGAGAUCACUUUAUCAGAAUUGUCUCUUCCUACGUUGUAAUUGCUAGAUGUGUCCUCAUUUUGAGUCUUACCACUAAUUUGAUGAUCAAACAUCUUUGUCUUAGGAAGAAAAGAUGCAUAAGUGUAUAAAGAAGGGAGAAGGGCUGGUUGAUUUUUUUUCUAUCAUCACUGGCAGUUUGCAAGCAUUUUAUUUUAUUAAUUUUUUUUUUAAUCUAGUAGACCUUUUAUUUCUGGAUCAGAAAAUUUUUUCUUCUUCUUCUUCACCAGAUUCUUCCAAUAUUUCAUCAUCAGACUCCUGCCCACACACACACACACACUUUAAUUGCCAUACCAUUUAGAAAUACCAUGUUCACUCGGCGGUCCUUGUUUUAAAUCCAGAGGUGCAUGUGACAAGUACUUGGAAUUUGCUCUGAUUAACUUUGUUACUGUACAUUGACUAUAUAGAAUUUUAUACUUUCCAGCAGUUAGUCUUAAUAUUGUGCACAUUGAACAUAAGCUUUCAAAGGAAAAGACUUACAGGAAAUUCUGUCAUCAGACCAAGGGGGAAAAGUUGAGAAAUCAGUGUAUGUUUUGAAUUUCUUCACCAGUUGUAAAAUUGUAAAUGUUCUAGUUUGGCUUGUCAUUUCGUAUGAUAUUAGAGUAACUUAGAUUAAGUGGAAAUUAUUUUUAUGGGUAACUUACCUUGAGUGUCAAGGUGAUGUACAUAGAUAUAUUGAGAGAAAUUUCUUUCACUGUAAAUUGUAUAUAUAAAUGGUAUUGUAUCUGGGGAUAGAGAAUAUUCAUAUGCACUUUGUUUUUGUACUGUGUAAUAUAGAUUUUGUGAUUUGCAUUAUUCUGAUGAUGUGCUUUGACAUGCAUAACAAGUUGUAAAUUUUCAAGGUCGUGAAAUUUGGCUGGUAGAUAAUCGAUGUCAAUUGAGUAUUGUUGCCAUAUGUGGCUCCUAUCUUUCAUACCUUUAGCAAUUUACUCUUCAUCUUCAGUCUUCAGGGGGAUUGAAGUGUCAUGUAAUUCUCCCUGUGUCCUGUCAUUUCUUUCUUUAAUACAAAUUGUGAACACUGACGCCAUCCAUAAGGCACUUUGGCCAUAGGUUUAUCGUGAUUGGAUUAAACAAUUGAGUGUUAGGGCAGAAAUAAAUUUCAUUAUACUAAGAUUUUUUUUAUUUUUUUAUUACAGUUACAGUAAAUAGCUUUGUAGGUCAGAAUCAAAGUAAAGCAGAUCAGUUUCUCAGGUGUCUUUCAUAACUUUUAAACCAAUACAGCCAUUAAAUGUUUUUAAUUACAACUUUGCAAAAUGUUUUUCCUUUACUGUGCUUUUAAAUUGCAAAAAGUUGCUGAGCUGGCCUAUGUACUCAAAACUUUGUGUCUUGUUGAAUGUGAAGUAGACUAUUGUUUGCAGAUCUCAUUAGGGAGUGUAAAUAAUGAAAAGCUGUAUGCAAGCUGUAAUUAUUUUGUUGUAUAAAAUGCAGAUAUUUUGUUAUAAUAGCAUAACAUGUUAAUAGAAUAGAUUUAUUCUUUUUAUUAUAUUUACCUUUUCACAAU